AUGUCUUUGCGCAUGAUUCAUCUGGCCAUCGCUCUAGUGGUAGCAGCUUCAUCCUUCAGCUAUGCAGCGGAAUUGCAAACCAAAUCUUCGAUGCAACCCUUAAGUAUCAAAAGCGUUCAUGAUAACCCGGAUAUGUAUCUCAUCCAGACGUUCUCCAUUGGCUACCUCGGAUCCAAGGCGCAUGCCACUGUCGAUAUUUACGCGGAUAAGUCAUUAGCCAAGCGGGACACCAAACCGGUCACCGAGGACCCCCAGCCUAAAAAGGAGAUCCCAGGCAUCACCAAGCCGUUAGAUUUGACUCCGGCAAAAUGCACCUCUAAAGUCUGCUUUCCAGGCAGUUACGAACCACCACUCAAAACCGAUUGCGAUGCCCUUGUUGAGGCGCAAGUCUAUUAUUCUAUUGGAAGUCUGAGAAUAAAGCCUGGUUGGACUGUCCUUGUACACGCCGGAACAUGUGUGGUUGUCUUCCAACAUCCGGUGGGCAAAGCCGAGAAUAACUUAACUUUUGAGUAUAACUGGGCCUCAUUGGGGCAGAUAAUUAUAGAUAUUCAAAAGAAAUGCGACAAGCCAGAAGCCCUAUCAAUCGGUGGCGCUUGCAAAAUUGAUAGUUACUUGAAGUACAAUUUCGAAAAUGUUCUUAUCAGUGUCCAACGGUACAUCGCACCAACAACCCCCGCGGCUGGGUCUUGA